AUGGCAGAGGCAUAUUAACAAUAAAUUACUUAACUUUUGAAAAAGCAUACUAAGUUUAAGCCAAUUUACUCACUUGCUCCAAACCAUUUCAAGACCUAGCAAUAAAAUUUGUAAAAAUCCUAGAGAGCUAGUACUUUGAGUCCUAAUGGAAAAAAUUUGAAAGAUUCAAGUGUGAAUUAGGCUACCGUGAAUAGCUAAUUGCGCAGAAGUUAGAAUGCUGGGAACAGUAUAACAAGAUAAAAUAGUAUCAAAUCAAGUAUAAAUCAAUAAACUUUGAAUGGUGAAGAUAGUCAUAGAAAGAAAAGGGUCCAAAGUGUUGAAAAUCUGAGAAAGACAACCUAAAAUUGUGAAUAAUAGUAUUUAAAUAAGCAGAAGAGUAAGGCAAAAUUUAUUCCUAAACCUAUUUUGCCACAAACUUUUUAGCCAAUUCUAAAUCAAAAAGUAGCAAAUUAAACAUCGUCCAAUAAAAAAUCCUAAUCGAGAAGCAGGCAAAAGAUUGGUUCACCUUUGCUAAAGAAUAAAAAUUUUAACAAAAAAGUUACUCUCAAAGAUUUCAUUACAAUUGAUAAAACUUAAAUUGCGAGCUUGAUGGGUCCAUAAACAACUUGA